ACAACCAUGCAAUCACUCAUGCCGGUUACUCUUCUUGCAUUUCGCACGCUAUCCAGACACCCUUCAUCCCCAUCAACGGCCCGGUAAACAAACAGUCCACAACUCCCCAUCUCCGCCAAUUCUGGCCUGCAAGAUACCAGUGGCUGAUGAUUGAGUUUUGGAUAGAACGUCUGGAGUUAGUGGCAAGCAGCCAAGCCUUGCUGAGGAUGUUAUUGGUGUAAACUUUGAAAUGCUUCACUGCCUUGCUGUUCUGUCUUCUCCCAACACACUCUCCUGCCCUAAACUGCAUGAAACCAGCAAUGGAACCACAGUAUGGACGUCCUAUGACAAAAGCAGUCCUCUUUACAACUUCAACUCUCAAUCUGAGUUAAAACAAGUCCAAGCCCUUCUCAUCAAGACUGGUACUCCUCUUUCAGUUCUUCCACUUUCCCGAGUUGCUUCAGUGUGUGCUUUCAGCUCUAGCUUUCCUCAUGCUCAAAAAAUUUUCCACUGUGUUAAUAAACCUGAAGUUACCGUAUGGAAUGGCUGCUUAAGGAGUUUCGCUGAGAGUAGCUCUCCAUUUGAUGCAAUUUUGUUGUUUUGUCAACUUCGGAAGUAUGAUGUGCUUCCAGAUAGUUUUACUUGUUCUUAUGUUCUCAAGGCCUGUGUCCAAUUGUUGGAUCUUUUACACGGGAGAAAUGUUCAUGCCUACAUGGAGAAACUUGGAUUUCAAUCAAAUUUGUUUUUGCAAAAUAUGAUUGUUCACCUAUAUGCAUCUUGUGGGAAAAGAGGUGAUGCUAAGUUGUUGUUCGAUAAAAUGCAUCAGCGAGAUGUCGUGACUUGGAAUAUAAUGAUCACACAAUUUGCAAAGAGGGGUGAUAUUAAUGCAGCAUCUCAGUUGUUCAAGCAAAUGCCUGAGAGGAGUGUUAGGUCAUGGACUGCUAUGGUUGCAGGAUUUGUUCAGUGUGGGAAGCCCAAAGAGGCUAUUGAACUUUUCAUGGAGAUGGAAGGGGCAGGAUUGCGAGCUAAUCAGGUAACUGUGGUGGCUGUUCUUGCAGCUUGUGCUGAUAUAGGUGCACUUGAUCUUGGGAGGAGGAUCCAUGAGUACUCUAAUAGAAGUGGUUACCAAAGAAAUGUUCGUAUUUGUAAUACCCUGAUUGAUAUGUAUAUCAAGUGCGGUUGUCUAGAGGCUGCUCGAGUUGUUUUUGAGAAUAUGGAUGAACGAACUAUUGUUUCAUGGUCUGCCAUGAUUCAAGGGCUAGCAAUGCAUGGGCAGGCUAUGGAAGCUUUGGAACUAUUCUCCAAGAUGGUUCAGACAGGAACAAAGCCCAAUGGGGUCACUUUUAUUGGGCUCCUGCAUGCGUGUAGUCAUAUGGGGUUAGUAGAGAAGGGGAGGGAAUUUUUUAUGAGCAUGAGCAGGGAUUAUGGCAUUGCUCCGCGCAUUGAACAUUAUGGUUGUAUGAUUGAUCUAUUAAGCCGUGCCGGUCUUCUUGAAGAGGCACGUCAGUUCAUCAAGAACAUGCCUCUCAGGCCAAAUGCGGUUGUUUGGGGUGCUCUUCUCGGUGGAUGUAGGGUCCACAAUAACAUUGAACUGGCUGAAGAAGCUAUAGUUCACCUCAAUGAGUUAGACCCACAUAAUGAUGGCUAUUAUGUGGUUUUGUCAAACAUUUAUGCAAAUGCAAAGAAAUGGGAGAAUGCUGCAAAAGUUAGAAAGUUGAUGAGAGAUCAAGGGGUGAAGAAGACACCUGGUCAGAGUUCAAUCACUGUGGCAGGAUUGGUCCAUGAGUUUGUGGCUUGUGAUGAAAGUCAUCCUCAAGUGAAGGAAAUAUAUGCAAGUUGGGAAAAUUUGCUUCAGCAACUAAGGCUGAAAGGUUAUGUACCAAACACUUCGGUAGUUCUAUUGGAUAUAGAAGAGGCAGAAAAAGAGAAGAUUCUGUACCACCACAGUGAAAAGUUAGCAUUAGUUUUUGGAAUAAUAAACACACCACCUGGAGAAACUAUUAGGAUAAUGAAGAAUCUUCGUGUAUGUGAAGACUGUCAUGCUGCUUUUAAACUGAUAUCUGAUGUUGUUAACCGAGAGAUUGUUGUGCGUGACAGGAACAGGUUCCAUUGUUUUAAGAAUGGUACUUGUUCAUGCAAAGACUAUUGGUAGAUGAUUUGAGUACUUGAGAUGAAGACGCAAAGUAUGCAAACAGUAGAAAUCUAAUUUCUCUGGGGCCAUACCCAUUUUGCUUGUUCUAAAGCUUGAACAUGAAGUUGCUUCUUUAUGGUGUUUUCACUGCUUUGAAUGGAUAUGGCUGCCAAAGGUUAUACCUACUGUAGGCUUUUUGCAAGUUUGUUAACUCAUCACAUGUUUAAUAGUUAGCCAAAAGUUGACAGGAGAGUUCUGAUCACUUGAGUGUCUUUAGCAUUAGGGAGUUUAUGAUGACUUAGGGUACUCUAUAUUUCAUUAAUGUUAAAUAGCUCUCUACCUGAAUUUUAGGUAUUUGUUGAUUUUUCGGUCAUGUAUAAAUGCUUAAUUUACUAAAAUUUCAUAUCAGGCAAAUAUACUGAAUGAUGUAGUAGUGAGACAAUGAGUAGAUAUCUGUAAAUGCAAUGGAGUGAUAAAUUUGGCACUAUUUAAACUUUUGUGUGUAACAAAUCUUGAUAGCUCCAUGGUAUUUGUAUGUCUUGGUUUGCUCUUGACUUCGCAUUCGUGUCCAGACAACUUGUUUUAGACAUAAUUUGUAUUUACUUUUAAUAUCGCCGAUUGUAAUUGUGUGUUUAAUGUAUUUGAUGAAGCACCUGCUUAUAUGUGAACUUGGAGACACUCUUAGUCAUUGCAAAGAAACAGCAACACCUCCAAGAAUCUGCUGUAAGGAACCAACCACUCAGCUCUCCGGAUUUUUUCUAGUUCAAGAAGAUCUCUCCAACUUCUAAGACUGCAAGAAAUUGACUAGACCGCGACAAAAAAUUUUCAGAUCCAUCUCUAGGAGCACUGCAGUUGCUGGUGUCUUUUUAAGCUUUUGUGAGAUAUAGUGUGCCGGAUUUGUGCAUCCUUAAGCUAUAGCAGAACAUGCUGGCUUGUCUGAGUUUGCUUGUAAUCUAGUCACAGUUAUCUCAGCUUCUUACUAUCUUAAACGGUGUUAAUGCAAGAGAGAGCAACGUGAAUUCUACUUUACUUAGCCUCCUCUUCACUGAUAAGUACAGUGGAUACAUAAUCGGAAUAGUAAUACUCGUCAUUUGGUUGUCA